AUGGACCGUCCUACUCCCAGAAUCAACGCUAAGCUUUUGGACCAGUUCGUUGGACGUACUGUUCGCGUUGUCGGAAAGGUUAUUUCCGUCCAAGGAAGAAGUGCGACGAUUGACUCGAACGGGACUGUUAAUAUGCAGCUUACCAUGGACAACAUGCUGGAACCAAAUCAUUUUUACGAGUUUGUUUCAUCUGUAAAGCCAGAUCUUUCUUUGCAACUGCUUACCUACGUGGAUUUCGGCACAGAUAUCGACAUGGACAUCUACGAUAAUGUUGUUGAGCUCUCGCAAGCUCAUAAGUCAAUCUUCUGUGAAUAG